CUAUGAGAAGGCGAGAUGGGGCGGUGUUUAGUUGGAACCAAUCCAGAGCCUAGGUCGGUCUGAUGGACAGGACGCUGCACCUCUCAGAGGACAGCAGUGGCACGUGGACAGCCGUGCCCAAUGGGAGAGCGCUAGGAGGCUUGAGGAGCAGCGAAAGGAGCCUACCGGAGCCCGGCCCAUCAUGGCGGCGCCCAGCGAGUAGGGACCCGGCCAUGUCCAGCCAGGGGGUCUGGCUGCGAGCCCGGGAGCGGCUGCGGCGUUUCCCCGAGCUGCUGGCGGGAUGUCGGGACCAGGCAAAGAAGACAAUGAAGUGAAGGCGUUGGUAAAAAUGCAGGGGGGACUGGAAUCUAGAUUUACAGUUCCUGGCUGGUGUCUGUCCAGCGGUAAUCAAGUAGUUCCAGGACAGAAGAAUCUGCAUAAUCUAGAAUUAGAUCAGAAGGAAAUGGGAGCCUAAUAAUGGAAUAAUCAACUCUCUUUCAUGCAAUGUCCCCGUCCCCCCCCAGCUGUUUCAAACAAUGCAUGUAAACAGAUGUUUGGAAUCUUUUUUUAAAUAAAACUCAAAUCUGA